UUGGCUGAGCCCAUCGAGUUCAACACAAAGCAAAAGCCAAUUAAGCUACCAAAAACGGAUUUGGAGAAGAAUGACGAUGUUACAACAGUAGCUUGGGGUUCUACAGGUUUCAAAGAAAAUGUACACGACGACUUGCAGAAAUUGAAGGCUCAAGUCAUGCUUGCGAAGGACUGUCAAAUUUAUCAUACUUUUAUGCGCAUUCAUUCGCAGGAGUUUUGUACCUUCAUCAAAGUCGGAACUGGAGCGUGCAAUGGUGACAGUGGUAGCGGAAUAAUUCGAAACAGUGACAAUACGCUUGUAGGGCUGAUAUCUGGUGGUAUGCCAUGUGCCCGUGGUUAUCCAGAUGUAUAUACCACUAUCUAUCCCUAUAAAUCUUGGAUUGAAGAAAUAAUGUCCAAAUAGUAUCGUUUCCUGUAUAUUAUUAAAAUUUAAUAAAAGUUAUGAAGCAAAUA